AAAAACCAAAACACUCGGUGCUGUUCGCCAUGUUGUGUUCAGGACACGCGAGAGAAUAUAUGGACGCCUCCGAGGGUUUAUUUCAGCGGAUUCACGGCAUUUCAACACAGAGAAAUGGAGCCGAGACCGUCUCUUCUCGUCUGAUCUGAUCCGGGAUCACUCGCACGAAAAACGCGCUUCAGAGGCGCGUUAGGAUUUUACGGAGGAAUACGGUUUAUCCGACGCUGUAAAACGCAGUAUUUAUUUGAUUCGUUUUAGUUGCUGUGUGUUUAAACCCCGAGCUGGAUUUACAUUCGCGUGCUCCUGAACGAAGAUCGCGCCUCUGAUUACCUAAAUCAGAUUUAUUCAAAGCAUUUUUCUAAAAGAACCAGAAGAUCAUAUCGGGAUGUUUUUGAACUUGACUGAACCAUGAAUAGGAAUUUUCCCCGUGCAUAUGGCGAUGAGCUCGAAACGAUCGCUGUUUCUGUGUGAGCCUCGCGCGAUCGAUGCUGAUCGAUAUUAGUGCAUAAGUUUCAGGACCCGCCGCUGUCACUUUCUAAUGCAGUAUGAUUGUAUUAAUGUUUGAUAUCUCAUCUAUGCAAACGGAAACGCGGGCUCUGACCUCCAGGCUGAGGAUUUGUCAAAUCUCUCAAACGCUAAACCUCUCUUGCAGACUUACACAUUGAUCCGGACCUGUUUGCUCACAAAUAAAUGCUUUUGGCAAUAUUAAAACAUUAAUUUUAGAGGGAGCGGAUUAUCAGCUUGGGUGUCGGUGGGAUUUAUUGCAGUACAAGAAUCUGCACCGAAAAUGAGGACAGACACCAAACUGGCCUUGGCCAUAUUCCUCGUAUCCUGUUCAUCAGGAGCCAUUCUCGGCCACUCGGAGACGCAGGAGUGUGCGUUUUACAAUGUGAGCUGGGAGAAGGACGGGACGAACCAGAGCGGGAUCGAAUCGUGCUACGGAGAGAAGGACAAGCGCCGGCACUGUUUCUCCACCUGGAAGAACCGCUCGGGAGCCAUCGAGAUGGUCAAGCAGGGCUGCUGGCUGGACGACGUCAACUGCUACGACAGCAGCGAGUGUGUGGAGCACAAGGAGGAUCCAGACGUCUUCUUCUGCUGCUGCGAGGGAAACAUGUGCAACGAGAAGUUUCACUACAAUCCAGUGAUAAUUGACCCCACAUCUAACCCCGUUCCUCCGAAGCCGGACUUGUUUCCCACGCUGCUCUACUCUCUGAUUCCCGUCAUGGCUGUAGCUGUGAUUCUCAUCAUCUCGUUCUGGAUGUACCGUCAUCUGAAGCUGUCGUACCCGCCGCUGCUCGUACCGUCACAGGACCCAGGUCUGACCCCUCCGUCUCCGUUGUUGGGUCAGAAGCCGCUGCAGCUGCUGGAGCUGAAGGCUCGAGGACGCUUCGGCUGCGUCUGGAAAGCUCAGCUGCUCAACGAACACGUGGCUGUCAAAAUCUUCCCCGUGCAGAAUAAACAGUCAUGGCAGAGCGAAUAUGAGAUUUAUAGCUUGAGCGGAAUGAAACAUGAAAAUAUCCUUCACUUCAUCGGAGCGGAAAAACGAGGAAAUGGAGUCGAUAUCGAGCUCUGGCUCAUCACAGCUUACCACGAGAAGGGCUCGCUGACGGACUUCCUGAAGGCGAAUGUUGUGUCGUGGAAUGAGCUCUGUCUGAUCGCGCAGACGUUUGUGCGUGGAUUGGCGUAUUUACACGAGGACAUUCCCAACCUGAAGGACGGACACAAGCCUGCCAUUGCACACAGAGAUAUCAAGAGUAAGAACGUGUUGCUGAAGCGUGAUUUAACGGCUUGUAUUGCUGACUUCGGCCUGGCACUGAAGUUCGAAGCAGGGAAAUCCACAGGCGACACACACGGACAGGUGGGAACGCGGCGUUACAUGGCUCCGGAGGUGCUGGAGGGAGCCAUCAGUUUCCAGCGUGAUGCGUUUCUGAGGAUCGACAUGUACGCCGUGGGUCUGGUUCUGUGGGAGCUGGCCACUCGCUGCACGGCGGCCGACGGUCCCGUGGAUGAGUUCUGUCUGCCGUUCGAGGAGGAGGCCGGCCUUCAUCCGUCUCUGGAGGACAUGCAGGACGUCGUUGUGCAUAAGAAACUACGGCCAAUAUUCAGAGAGCACUGGCUAAAACAUACGGGUCUGGCGUUGCUCUGCGAGACUAUAGAGGAGUGCUGGGACCACGAGGCCGAGGCGCGUCUGUCGGCGGGAUGCGUGGAGGAACGCAUCAUCUCAAUGCAGCGCAACACCAACCUCAUCGCCCCCGACGACAUCCUCUCCGUCGUCACCAUGGUUACCAACCUGGACUUCCCCCCUAAAGAAUCCAGCCUAUGAUGCCGUUCUCUCAGCCAAUCGGAACGCGGCGCGUGCGACGGAAACCCGGACUACGAAUGACUCGAGCGAAACGAGCGCUGGGAAUAAUUCAACGACACGCACUUACACACGGAGGAACUCAAGAGAUCAGGCGCUCGGACGUCUCUGUUUGCACCAAAACCUCUUUUAUGCAUAAAGGAAAGACUUCUGUGUUUUUAUACGAACAGCAGCUCGUACGAUUUUAGCAUAAAAAGGGCGACACGUCUGUUUCUGUUUGCUGUUCGUUUUCUGCGAAUCAUAACAGUCAUGCCAAUACGAGACACUUCUGAAUGUCUGCCGUUCAGCUGCGAAUCACACGCGGAUUUAUGAGAAAUUAUGCUGAAAUAACCAUAAACCUCCCUAAACAGGUAUACCUCAUUUUGAUUUCUCGUGCUUUUUUCUGAACAGCUGCUACGGAGGCGAGACGAGUAGCUGUAACACACCGUAGUGUUUCUGCCUUUCGCACUUCUGCUUCAUUUCAUCGCAGCCUUCACCGCUCUCUCUGAAGGGGUCGAGGAAUCAAUGCUCGCUUCGCUCAAGCGCAGAAACCAGGGUCCAAUAUUAACGUCUGCCGGGGGCGGAUCAAUUCGGACGUUUGUCCGCUCACGCAGCUGUAUUCUUGCAACACGAUUUGCCAAAAUUACUGACAUCACAUGCAAAACGAGCCUCCAAAUUCAUCACGCUGCACUUGAGGUUUCUGACCAUAUUACGUGAGGAAUAAUCCAGGUAUUUAUUUUGACCCUACACCGCAAAAAAACAACGGGCGCACAUCAGAAACUCUGGUCUGGAUGUCAAACUAUACAAGCUUGAAAAUUUGUAAAAGGUAUUGCAACUUUUUAAUCUCAUGAUACGGAUUUAUUUUUAUAUAUUAGCAUUCAGUCUGACGUUUUCUUGCAAUUCAGAGCUGAACCUUGCAUUUCACAAUUUUUGCUUCUUUCUCACAAUCCUGUUUUUCUUUUCUGCCUUGAAUUCAAUUUAAAAGUAAUUGCAACCGUUUUUCCUUGCAGUUGCACGUUUAUAUAAAUCGCAAUUCUGAAAAAAAAAAAAGCCUGAUGUUGUGACAAACUCAGUAUUACAAAAUGCAAACUAAAACUAUUAAAAGGGAAAAAAAAAAAAAAUCAAAAAAACUAUUCCGACUUUCUUCCUCAGACUUAAAUUGAGAUAAAAAUCAGAGUUAUCUUUAUUUUUAUCCUGUGACUGACACGAGCUUUUAAAUCAAACACCAGCAGAAGUAAUAAAAGUAAAGCGUGUGAAAGCUUGUGCCGUUAAAAAUCGAGUCUCAAUCUGAUGCGUCUUCACAAACAGGCUCUUGUUUAAAAACGACCGCAAACGCUCAAUUUUUCACUCAUCUUGCAUUAAAACAGACAUCGAGUCGACCUUGUGGGAAAAAUACAGCCCCUUUAACGAGCGUUUUCACACAGCGGCAUCUUUCAGGGCUUUAAAUCUGCCUCUCCUUCAUCUCUGUCUCUUCAUCUCUUUCUGAAGCACUACAGCAGUAUUCAGGGACGCAGGAUUCUGCUCACUUACAGCAAUUAUGCAACCGACACGCAGCGGCGAUCGCAACUGUAGCAUACCGAGUCUAAACCGCUUCUAUUUAUUUCAUUAAUAAUGUGACAAACUCUCAGUACUGUGAAAACAAACGCCGGUUAUUAUUGCCCUGAAUGUGUUCCCAGACGAAGCAGGUGUCGGGUGAGAGACGUUUCAGAUCAAUCUGUAAUUCCCCCGAACACACACACACACACACACACACACACACAUGUACAGCAAAUGAAUAAUGUAAAUAUGAUUGUUGGUUUUAAAUUAUUAGACUAGCAUGACGUUGCUCUGUUCUUUUUGGUGUCACUAAUCAAAAACAGUUGUUUAUAAAGAAAUUAUACCAGAA